UAGGCGUGUCGGAUCGUGUUACAUGUUUCACGAGUCAGGAAGGCUUUUGCACGUUUGUAGCGGAUGACAAAAUUGGUGUAAUUCUUUGGAAUUCUCACUGUACUGCAGUAUGAACUCUGGAACACUAUUCAAAUAGUUCUGCUUAAACUGCAGGAUAAAGUCGAUCAACCACGAUGGCGGAGCCUCAUAGGCCAGACACAACGAUGGAACCUCACUCACCUGUACAUCUAAGGCGAGUUUUCGUACAGCCUAAGAGCUUUAAAAAAAGACUCCCAGUAAUCGAAGCUGACAUGAGCUCUAGUUCUUUUCAAUCAGGGCCAGACACAAUGAUGGAACCUCAGUCAUAUCAUUGGCCAAGUUACUCAGUGCUUAAGUGGCAUGAUUGGACUGAAAGACUCAGAGAAAGAGACCCAGCAUGGCAGGAGAUGGUAUGUCAGUACAAGGAGUCAAUCAAACGGAAAUAUGAACAUAGGAAUGAGAGGAGUUUCCUCUCUGGUGAAAGAGUCUCACUGGCUGCCCUCUACACUGAACCUGUGAUUAUUCAGAAAAAUAAAAAAGGCAGUUUUCGGAAUAUCAGUGUGGAGGAGUUGUUUAAUAAGUUAGACAUACAUCUGCAUUAUCCAAGUAAUGUAUCCAACAUUCUCCAAGGAAAUUCUGGUAGUGGAAAAUCUUUCUUAGUGCAAAAGAUUAUUUUGGACUGGGCAUUUGAACAACAUUACCUUAAAGAAUUUGAUCUAGUUUUCUGUCUGAGGCGUGAAGAGCUGAAGUGUAUUUCUGAGGAGAUGAACUUGAUUGAGCUCCUGAGCUGGAAUUGUGGUUUAUCGUCAGAUCAGAUUUCAGAGAUGUUACAGAACUCAUCACAGAGAGUGCUCUUCAUCAUUGACGGACUUGAUGGUCUUGAUGAACUUAGAUUCAUGUGUGAUGAAUUUUGCAUAUCAUCCAAAUUCCAGAGAGCCCCACCUGAGGUCAUUGUUUGUUCCUUGCUUCGUCAACAAAUCCUGCCCAGAUAUUUUUUGCUUAUCACUACUAGACCUGAGGUCCCAAAGAGGAUGUUGCUUAUAGGACAACAACAUUUAUCUAGGAUAGUAGGUUUCUCUGAGAAGGGGGUGGAGGAGUACUUCCAGAAGUUCUUCCAGAAUGAGGAACUCUUCAAUUCUGUUCCUCUGUGGUCUCUGUAA